UACAUUUUGGUAAUUUCUCACUUUUGAUCGCAAUAGUAAACUACUCUUUAUUUUAUUUUGUUAACGGUAAAGCUUCGGAAGCAACUCAGUUCCACUUCCGCAACAUGACAGCCAGCUGACGCGCAGACCGGAAGUGUUAGCCUGGCUAGCUGUGAGCUAGCUGUGUGGAUGUGUGCAGUUCGCUGGAAGACGAUGGUGUCGUCGUGUCGCAGAUAAAUGUUCGAGCGCUGAUGAAGCAACGAUGUCUUCAGUUCAGUGUCUGAGAGACUUUGUCCACCAGCGACUCACUGCUGCUGCUGAAGAGAUAUUCAGAGUGUUCGAACAAACUGUCCUCGAGUACGAGGACGAGAUCGAUCGACAGAGAAGACUGUUGGACAUCGUGUGGAACCCGGAGAUAAAGCUACACAGGACAGAGUUGCCACGGAAACAUGCCUGGAAGAAGAGGAAGACUCUCCGUGCCCGGGACAGGAACUCAGGUCUGGACCCAGAGGAUCCUGCUGCUGCUGGAGAAAGACCUGGAGAAAGACCUGGAGAAAGACCUGGAGAAAGACCUGGAGUCAGCGGGAACAUUAUCCACUUCAACGAGGAGUUGGAUCGACAGCGCCGACUGUUGGACAUCGUUUGGAGCCCUGAGAUAGAGAGCCAGAGGACAGAGCUUCCACAGCAACAUGUCUGUAAGGAGGAGGAGCUUCUCACUGACCAGGAGAGGAACCCCAGUCUGGACCAAGAGGAUCUAGAGCCUCCACAGAUUAAAGAGGAGCAGGAGGAGCUCUGCACCAGUCAGGAGGGAGAGCAGCUUGUCCUGAAGCAGAUCCAGACCUUCAUGUUGACGUCUCCUUAUGAGGGAAGUGAUCACAGUGAACCAACCAGUGAGCAGCAGCUCCUCUCCCACAUCUCUCCUGGAGCUGAAAGCCCAGCUCAGAGAGGAAGUGAGCAUGUGGACCCAGGACCAGCUAGAGAAGAAGAGUCCCAGAGACACAACUCCCCCCCGACACAGAGUCCCUGCUCCACUCACACAGGGGAGACGUCUUUCAUGUGUGACAUUUGUGGAAAAGUGUUUAUGACCAAGUCCAAACUGAACACGCAUGUGAGAAUCCACACAGGAGAGAGGCCGUUUUCAUGUGACACUUGUGGGAAAGCUUUUCUCUGUAAGUCCAGGUUGACCCUACAUCUGAGGGUCCACACGGGGGAGAGGCCGUAUUCUUGUGACUUCUGCGGGCAAACGUUCAGUCGGAAGGUUCACCUGCAAGAGCACAUCAGUCGUCACACGGGAGAAAGACCGUUUUUCUGCAAACUAUGUGGGAAAAAUUACAAACAGAGGUCGGCCCUGAGAGUGCACAUGAGAGUUCACACGGGUGAGAGGCCGUUCUCAUGUGAAAUAUGUCAGAAAACCUUCUUGGUCAAAACAAACUUGCUGGUCCACAUGAGACUCCACACGGGUGAGAAGCCGUGUAUCUGCAGCACGUGUGGGAGGAGUUUCAUUUAUCCAACAUCCUUAAGAAAGCACAUUAGGAUCCACACGGAGGAGAAGUUGUUAAUCCCUGAAGAUGUGGGAGAGAUUUCCCGUGUUGUGGUGAAUUGACUGAACGUGACCAGAGUCCUCACUGGUGAGAAACCACAUCGCUGCAGCACCUGAUGGAGAAGAGAAUUAGACGUGUCUUCAAUAAUUAUGUCUUUUUAAUAUUUAUAUUCUCCACCUCAGUUAUAUGAGUGUGGUCAUCCUGCCAAAUAGAUUCUUUGAUUCUCUUCCUCCAGCUUGUUUGUUCAUUUUCUAUUUGAUGUAUUGUGGGAUUGAAUUCACUUGAUAGUACUUGGCAGUUUGUUUACCUGACAGCUGCAGCCACUGUGCUGUCAUUAACAUACAGAAUGAGUUUAUAAUAUAUAACUUAUAUGAAAACUUUAAAUAUUCCAUUGAUUGUCUUUAUACUCCAUCUGGAAU